AUGAAAAUAUUUCCUUAAAGAUAAGAACAGUAUUUCCCUUUGCCUUAAUUCUGAAUAUUUUUUUAGGCUUAUUCUCUGGACUUCACUGCAGAAGGAUGGAGUUCUCCAACUUGAAGCAAGAGAUCUGUGCCACAUGGCUGCAGCUGAACAGUGAGCAGAUGACACAAAUCAGAAUAACACUCCUUGAGCUGUCGAGCUCCAUUUCACAUGAGAUUCCGCGGAUGAGAGAAAUUACAAGGUGUUCAGACUUUGCCAGUUCCUUGAGGUUGCUGGAGAAAUGGAAGCUUCUGACUCCCCUGAAAGUGGAUGUAAUACUCCUGUUGACCGAGCAAGUGGGAGCCCACACAGAGAUGGUGCGGGAGAAGAUCCACCAGUAUAAGAAGCUGGCCAUGCCCUCCAUUCCCCCUGUGCACCAUGGCUUAGAACAGAGGGGCAGCUUCACCCCAUCAAACCAUGUGGCAAACUCUCGACUGGAUCAAGUGUACGAGUACAUCAGCGAGAAUCACGGUGGGCGGUGGGCUGACAUUGGCCGUAGCCUUGGCCUGUCUAGCCUUGUGAGUGAGCUGCAGAGGGAACCAGGCCUCAGACAGAAGGACAAAGUAUAUCAGUUGCUGGAGGAAUACAAUAGAAACAUGGAUGGAGACCCUAUUGCAGGCAUCCUUCGUGCACUAGAGUCCUGUGGCUUGAAACGGCAGCGUAAUAGUAUUGUACGGGAUAUUUUGUCUAACUGAAGCCCAGGUACUUGUCUUUGUGCCAGAGUCGGUGAUACUUAAAUAAUGUUCCACUGUUCUUACUAUUCUUAUUGGAAUUGGAAUUAUAUUAGUUAUCACUGUUAUUACUUUUGUUGUCACUCCCUAACUAGAUCUUUCUUCUGUUGCUUUAUUUUACUGUAGUAUUUAUUAUUUUUAUGCUUAUUUAAAGUAAAAGCCACCAGAAUGGGCUUUCUCCUUUUUAUCUGUUUGUAUUAAAUAAGUUUGUGCUUUAAGAAAAAAUCAAAAGGAAGAAUCACCUUAUCUGUGAUCUUAAAGAUCUGUCUUAGAGGCCAAUUUAGAGAUAUUUUAUAAAUGUGUAGACGUAUAUUCUUUAUUUUUAUACUGUUAGCAAGUUAAUGUUUUAUACACUGUACCUGUAGAAUAUGACUUUGAAUUUGAAAAUUCUAUUGUUUUUUAACAUGAUUCCAACUCAGUAUGAACAGGUGAAGGAAUGGUAAAAGUGUGUAGGGUAGAGCUUUCAAAACUUGUCUAGAUUGUUAUGAUGAUGUUGGAAUUUGUAUCAGAAUAUACAACAGGGUGAUGUGUACAACAAGAUGUAUUUCUUGUGUUUGAGAUAUGUCAUAAGUGUUAUCCAGUUUUCUCUGAUAAAAAGAUAUCUGUAGGAUAAUCAUGUAACCUGCCAGCCCAAAUAAGAUCCUCAUCAGUUGCCACUACCAAAUUGCCAUUUGUCUUAUUAUUAUUUUUUUACUGUUUCAAAUAAUCUUUAGAUAUUGUACAUAGCAUACUAGUAAAACCUGAUUAUGUAUACCAGAAUUACAUCUCUUGACUUUUGAUUUUUCAGUGCUCCAUAUAUACCUAUUUUUAGUGCAUGCGUGUGUGUGUGUGUGUGUGUGUGUGUGUGUGUGUGUGUGUGUGUGUGUGUGUGUGUGUGUGUGUGUGUGUGUGUGUGUGUGUGUGUGUGUGUGUGUGUGCGUGUGCGUGUGCGUGCGUGUGUGCGUGUGUGUGUGUGUGUGCACAUUGUACAUGAAUCAGUCUACAAGAGGUGCUCCUAAGAGCAACCCGUGUGUGUAGAAACAAACAGGUAUUCUGUGAUGUACCCUACAUAUCAUUGGUAUGGAAUUAUGUUAAUCCCUUUAUAAUUUUUAGCAGUAUGUUUUUUAUAGGAUAUCAUAAUCAUACCUUAGUUCUGUAUUUUAUUAUUACAAAUACUCAUAUAUAAUUUGAUUGACAUGUAUGAAUAUUAUCUUUGUAAAAGAUCAUGAAUAAUGGAUGAAAUUAAGACAACUGUGAAAGGCUAGUAAAACUGCCAUAUUCAACAUAAAACUAUUUAAGAGCAAGCAGAGACUCAGUUUCUCUUGCUAAUUCAGCAAUAUUCUCACUGGUCUAUGGCAGUCUAUAAACUAAAUCAACAUAUUAUUUUAUGUGAAAGUGUUGGAAUGCGUGUGAUUUGUUACCCUUUCCACCCACAGGUGACAUUAAUGUAUUCUUAGAAACAAGAACAAAAUAUUAAGAAUAAACAGUAAGUGAGGAAUAAAUUAUUAUUAUACUGACAUAGUAAAAACAUUAUUACUUGAAUAAAUAACUGCUCCAUUUCUUUUACUGAGGCAAAGAUGCAUUUGCCAGAAUGGUGAUGACUGAUGACAGGGUGACAGAUUGGUGCUGAUAAUUAAUUGUGUCAUAGCCCUACUCCUGUGCCAAUAUGGUCACAGAGCGGAGUUGAAUUUGAAAAAUGUAGCAUAAAGUGCCAUCUACAAACAGUCAGUCAAUAAAGACUAAGUUGGCAUACCACACUUACAGUCUGACUAAGAAUCCUGUAGCUGCAGUAAAGAAACAGCUGAUGGAAUGGCUAAGAAACAAGCCAAUCGGAACAAGAUAGAUGUGAAUAUAAUCAUAAAAGUAACAGUCUGUGAAUUUUAUAUAGCAGUUAAUUGUUUUAUGCAUUUGAUUAGCCUGUUGAAGCCAGGAGGGCAAAUACACAUCCCAUAUCCACUGAUGUGAGGUGGAGACUGAGGUCCAAUGAAGGGAUCACCCCUGCCUUGGACCAUGACCCUCACCUCAACUAAUUUUGCAGGUCUUUUCUUCUCCUUCUCUCCUUUUCCUUCUCUUUUUCAUCCCCCUUUGAAGAACUUAUAUCUACCCUUUUUACCACAAUACUUUACCAUAAUACUGUGUAACCUUUGAUGCAUAGUACAUUUGUUUGUUUUGACCACUGACCACUCUGGAAAUCCACAAAAAAAAUUUACCUGGGGUCUUUUUGCCCAAGUUCCACCCUAUCGCCUUAUUUUGCAUACACCACAAAUUACCUUAGGUGUUGACAUGGCAGAAAAUUUUCAAUACAUAAAUAUGAGAUUUAGAUUAUUAAUAUUGCUUUGCAUAGAUGGCUCCACAAAAGUUUCAUCACUAAUUAUCAAUUACUAGACCUAUAUGAUCUCUCUGCUUACCCUUUUCCUUUCCAUGAUUUUUGGUAAUAAACAGAUAUAUCAUCAGAAGUAGUUGAUAUUCUUGGGCAUCCUGAAGCUUCCAUUUAUAGAGCUGGUUGGCAGCCCACUUUCACCAAGUCUCACCAUAACUGUUGGGAGAAUGUGAUGUCAUGGCAUUGUCUGUUGAUUUUUCAGGUGUGUUUGAGUGUAAUAAUAUAAGGACAAUAGACAGAUGUAAACUGAUUGGUCAGAAGAUCUCUGUCUGUUGACCCUAAAUUAUUAUCAUUAUUGUUAUACUCUGACUUUAUCUGUAGUACAGGUUUACGUAUUUGGUAGUGAAUGCUCUUCACAGGGUGAUAUAUAUAUGGUAUGUGUAAGUUUGGAGCAUAAUUUUCUGCUAAUGUGUGUGCAUUCUCAUGGGAUGCAGUUUUAAUGAUUGUGUCUUCUUUGUGUUGUGCCUUUGUGUCUUAACAGCAAGUAGCUCUGUGAGAUUGUGCAUUAGAGUGUGAGAAUGUAUUAUAGAAUGCAGUGAAGUGUGUGUGAUCAUAUCUACACAUUCACCUUGUUCUUUGUCCUGUCAUAGUAAGACCCAGUGUUUGUAUUUUUUUCUCUUCUUUCUGGUACUAGAUGACAUAGAUAUGACAUUUGUGCAUGAUGCUUCAGUUUUUCUUGUUGGUGGUAAAUGAAUUGUAUAUUUAGUAAUGUGUUGUCUGUCUUAUGUGUGUCUUAUUUGGUGGAGGUAGAGAUGAUGGCAGUGUUGAUGAUGAUGAUGGCAGAGUCAUGCAACAAUGUCCAUGUGUUGUGGCAUUCAGAAAUUAUAAAUUGUAGGCACUGGUUUCAAUCAGCUACCCCUUGUAGUGAUGUGCACCUGAAGUGAUGUCAUAAUUCUCAGGAGUUGCAGAACACAGAGCCACUACUGAAGUAAUGUCUGUGUUGCAAGUAAAGCAACACAACACCAACUUUCAAAGGUUCUGGCUAGUAAUAACUGGUGGAAUGUAGUAGCCAGUUAAAAAAAGGGGUAGUGACAGGCAUAAGUGUGCAUCUCCCCAGACAUGGUUCUCAGGGAACUCCAUAGGGUCUCUUCAGAGUACCACAAAGGUUAACCUUACAGUUAACUGCAAGAUGUUUGGUCUCAAUCUUUUUGGAGGGUCCAGCUACCACACAGAAGCUUCCCCUUUCCCACUGUCAGUAAUAUAGUAGGUGUAUUGAAACAUUUAGAGAGGAUUAUGGUAUACUUCAUUAAAUAUAGAAGUUUAACAGUCAGUCUUAAUAAUAAAUGUUACCAAAACCUUGUAAGACUGUACUUGUUUGCAUUGCAUUGUUGCAUUGGUACAUGCUAUCAACAUUAUAUCAUUGAAAAUAUCCC